CAGAUCUCAUGUGUGACACCAAGUCAUAGUCGGCGCCAUCGUUACCAAAUUUCUCCGACAUACCAGCACUCCUGUAUAGUGACUGGCUUUUGUUAGAUGAUUUUUCGUUGCUUGUCACAGUCACAGCCAUCCAUCGUUACUGACAUGACCAGACAAACGACUCAUCAACCCACCCUUUGACUCCUGGCUAAGAACCGAAUAAUUGUAUAAAAUCAUCUACACCAGCCAUGGACUUAAACUCUACCUCACAUAUGGCGGACUAGCUUAUCAGCGAUAAUUAUAAAUACACAUCUGCAUCGUGGGCUAAAAAUGGACCAACUCGAUCAGAUGGACGCUGAUGGCGAUGAUUUCGCAUCCGCAACCUUUUUCAAUCAAAAUUCACUCGACCAAAUUCAGCAGAUUGACCCUACGGCUCAUCUAAACGCCGUCGCUAAUGUCGCCAUCCCCACCGACCCCAUUGUCGUCGAUAAUAUUUCUCGCCGCUGGUACUCAGGCUGCCUGGAGCGCAUUGCCUGGUCCAGACAUGGUCAUAUUGCCACCAUCUCCGAUGAUGCCACCACAGUCUACAUCGAGGCCCUUGAAUCCCAUCAACCUUCAAACACUUGGGUCCUGAUCCAGAGACAUGCUCUCUCCACCGUCUUUGAAAAUGCCACAAGUCUAGCCUGGAGCUCCACUGGCGGGGAACUGGUCGUCGUCGACACAAAGGCCAAAAUAUCCAUCUUUCAGACUUCCCCUACCGCCCUCAAUCGCCUCAAUUUGGCCCAUCAAGAGACCCUCGACACUUCGACCGCGUCAUCACCGCCCAUUGGCAUGGCAUGGUUGAAUCAGGACAGACAAGAUCGCCCUCGAAAUGUUGUCCCUACCGCCAACAAGACAGAAGAUCGUUGGACCCAUGUCAAUGCCCGAGCAAAACCCUUGGGUCCUUAUUGGCAUCGAGCUGUUGCAGUCGCCCAUCGCAGUGGCCUACUCUCUCUUUGUUACCAACGCGGCGAUGGACAAUACGUCAAGCUCAAUCGCCAGCUUUCGCAAUCCCCCGACUCUGUCUACAGCCAUGCCAGCUUCGCCUCGACCCUCGAAGGCAAGAUGUUGGUAGUCUUGCACGCGGUUGAUUCCAAUAUUUCAGUCUACAUGAUCAACAUCGAUUGGUCUGAAGUCAAGGCAAACGUCGAUGGUGUCCCGGUGCUGACCAUCGAAGCCGUCUGUAGCCAUGUCUCAUCUCAACCAACAGUCUCAGCCGCCAUGGGAGGCGACAUUUAUGAUCCCGAGUCAUGGCAAUUGAGUCAUCUCGAGGUGCUGCAAACUUCCGACGUCGAAAAGGCCGUCCAUAUACCUCCAACCAUCUUGGCUGUAUCUACUGGGAUCAACAAAUCUGUUGGUGUCACUGACCCAGGCUACCUCAUCUCCAGUCUGAUCAAGAGGUGGACCGUCACCUCCGUCGAACAGAGCUUGCACCCUCGCUUCGAUGAACUCCCCGCCAAAGGUUCCUCGAGUGCAGAACAAGCGACUGUCGUCACCUUGCAGCGACAGCCUGACAAGGAGGAGCAGGUUAUCACAUCUCUCCGAUACCACGACGCCACCCAUUCAGUCAUCAUCACUACGCAAGAGAACCGAACUGACUUUCUCGGUACGGAUGACCUCUCAUCAGUCUCUUUUGCAGCAUCUCCCACAGAAGUCACAUCAAUGGCUCAAGCAGGCUUCACAUACCCUUUCACCUCAACCAUUUACGCAUCUAGCUGUUCACCUAGUGCUUGUGUCCGUGCUGAUUUGACUCCUGACGGCAAGACUCAGCUGGCACAUAUGGAAUACCACUUCUCACAACCUCCACCCGACCCGUCCCAAGACUCGCCCACCGACGUCGCUCUCGCGUCGCUGAACCUGACGUUCGCUAGAACCUGCUGGUUCAAUACUACCAUCGACGAUGUUCUCCUCUGCGCCGUGAAGAAUGUACCUCCGACGCUGGUACCGGGCCUGAUCGCGGGCAUGUAUCGUACCCUCUUCCGCGAUAAAGAAUACAUCAACGAUAAGGCCGAAGGCUCAGAACUCGAACGAGUCUUUCACAAACAAGUCAUAUCUAAAGUUAUGGCAUAUCACAGUGGUCUAACGACCUUUUGCCCAGGCCUCUCGUCCAUCGACCCAAUCACCCCAGGAGCUAAACCAUGGACCUUGACUGCUCAAUGGGCCUGGUUCGCAAACAAUAUCCGCCAGACCGCCACUAUCCUGUACACCAGUCUGAGAGACUUCAAUAAUCUCAACGUGAUCCUCAGCCCAGACUUCACCGACAUCCUCUGUGGCCAGAUCAGGUGGGGCAUGACUGUCAUCAGACUCGUGAUCAACACCAUCCUCGAAGUUGGCGACCGCGAGACCAACCCCGACAUAUUUGACGAUCAAAAUCAAAACCGACUUGGUGACACUGUAGGAGAUGGCAGUCAAGGCCUAGUCGCUCUCCUCAUCAACUGCCACUGGUCUCGCAUUUUCCUCGUGGCAUUUGUCCGCGCCGUUCGAGCAUACGCUAAACACCCAGACCCCAAACUGAAACACCAAAUCCAAGUCCUGCAAUGCAUCCAAAACGAAACGACAGGAAAAGGCGUCUCCUUUCCUGCAAUCGAAGCGCUCCUCGAAUCACGAUGGUCCAGCCCCGGCGACGUCGAGGGCGAUCCUGCCGCCACCGCUGCGAGACAAGUCGAGAUGAUGGCCACUGGCACCGUCCAUGAGGCUUACCAGGGAACCGUCAAAACUAUCCUCACUAAAUUGAUCAACCCACCCCACGGGCUAAGAUCCAAAUUGCUGAUCGAUCGUCUAAAGCUGUUCACCGAGCAAACCGACAUGGACUUUUUGUUUCUGAAUCAUCAGGUUCAAGGGAAGCAAUUACCUAGCACCAGACCGACGCCCGUGUAUGAUGUGCUCCGCAAGAAACUCAUCACUAAGGGUGUGCUGGAGCACAGUCACUCCGGCAGUAGCGGUCAGUUGGUCCUGAGGAAGUGUGUCAGGUGCGGAAGUUUUAGUGAGGAUGUCAAUAUUCCGCCAAAGGACUGGUCAAGGCCGGUUGUCGCCCUGAUGGGUAGAUGCAUGUGUGAUGGUGCGUGGAUCAUGGUUCCUUGGGAGUCUUGAGCCUUGAUUCUGGGUGAGGAAGCCGAUGUGUUUGUUAAUGACAAUGUGACUACCAUAGAUGUUAUGUUUCACACGAGU